CCCACAUCAUAGUCACCAAAAUAUCCCAAAAUCUUGGUCCUUUAAUCUCAUUAAAACUAGGAAAUCAGCUUAUAGUCCUUGGAUCUUCACCUGAAUCUGCCAUUGAAAUCUUGAAAAAUCAUGACAAACAACUGUCUGCUCGUUAUGCACCAAAAGCAACACCAAUAAAAGAAUCAGAUCUUAAGAGAUACUCACUUCUUUGGUCUACAAAGUGUAAUAGUCACUGGAAAUCUAUAAGGGUUUUGUGGAAAACUGAGCUUUUUUCAAGUAAAGCUAUGGAAUCAUAUGCUGAAAAAAGAGGAAAAGGGGUUGUUGAAAUGGUGAAUUUCUUGAAUUUUAAACAAGGUAAAGUUGUGAAAAUUGGGGAUCUUGUUUUUGGUAAUGUUUUUAAUGUUUUGGGGGAGAUUUGUUUUUCAAGAAAUAUGGUUAAGUUGGAAGAUGAGAGAGUUAUUGAUGAGAUGAAAGGGAAUAUUUGGAGGUUUAUGGAGUAUGGUACAACUCCAAUUUUAGCUGAUUUUUUUCCAAUUUUUGAUGGAGUUGUUGAUAUUCAAGGUAAAAAGAAGAAGGCAAAGAAGUGUCUUGAUAAUUUGUUUAAAAUUUGGGAAGGGAUAAUAAAGGAGAGAAGAGAAUCUUAUGUUGAAAAAAAUGGGGAUUUCUUGGAUUUAAUGCUUGCUAAUGGAUUUUCUGAUGAUCAAAUCAAUUACAUGCUUCUGGAAAUAUUUCCAGCAGGAACAGGAACAUUGACAUCCACAAUUGAGUGGGCAAUGGCUGAGCUAGUGAGGAACAAAGAAGUGAUGAAGAAACUCAACUCUGAACUUCAAAAUGGAUCAAUAAACUCAAACACCAUUCAAGAAUCAACAAUCUUUCAACUCCCUUAUCUAAAUGCUUGCAUUAAAGAAGUCUUAAGGCUACAUCCACCAAUAGCAUUUCUACCUCACUAUGCAAGUGAAACAUGUCAAGUUAUGAACUACACAAUCCCAAAAAGUUGUCUAGUUUUUGUGAAUCUUUGGGCAAUUGGACAUGAUCCAAACCUUUGGGAUGAUCCAUUUUCAUUCAAGCCAGAGAGAUUUUUGAACACAAAUAUUGAUUAUAAAGGUCAAGACUUCGAAUUCUUGCCAUUUGGUGCUGGAAGAAGAAUGUGUCCUGGCUUGCCCUUUGCUACAAAACAAAUGCAUUUGAUUUUGGCUUAUUUGGUUUAUCACUUUGAGUGGUCUCUUCCAAAUAAUGGUGAUCCUUUGAUGCUUGACAUGAAUGAAAAAUAUGCUGUGCCAUUGCAGAGACAAAAGCCUUUGCUUCUUGUUCCUACUAGCAAGUGGUAGUUAAAAAACACAACCUAAAUUAUUACUUUCUUGCGAGUUUCAUAUCUCACACACUUAAGAUUUGUACAUAUGUAUUUUACAAAAAAGAAAUAUCUAAUGAUAUAGAGUGUGUUUGGUAUGAAGGUAAAAAUGUACUUUCACGGAAAGUGUUUUCUUAAAAAAUAUUU